AGAGGGAGAGUGAGAGAGCUUAAGAUGUAGAGCUUAAUUUUUUUGUAGGAGUUUCUGGUUCAUGCUUUUAAAGAAAAACUUAAACGAGUUAGACGACCUCUCGUUAAUGAUGUCACAGUCAUAGAAUAUAAGAAAAAGUAUGGGCGUGCCAAUGGAGGGCGUAAAAGAAAAUCAAUUAUUCUAAAUGAGUCAAUGACUCAGAUAUUGCCUGCUAAGAGGCUCUGCCACUCGAUUGCGCAAGAAGAACACGAUGUCACUGAUGAUCUUUUGGCAUUACUAUCUGAAGAGUGCAAUAAGCUGCGUCCUGAUGUCCUUUUCCUGAAAAGUCAAAUCCGUUUGAUCAUUGGCACUCUCAAGAAACAUUGCCAAAACAGCACUGUGAAGGAUGUUUUAGAUAAAUUUUCCUGUCUCAAGUUUGAGAAAGUUUUGCUAGAAGCUUCAAAUGCUUUGACUAAUACAGAUAUUGAUAGAAAUUUGUUACGACUUUUAAACAAAAUGUGUGAAGGCUUCCAAACUUUAGUGGAAUUAAAAAUGAGUCUGAAGACUAAAUGCAGGUCUCUUUUAAUUGAUAUCAAUGAAGAAUCAGACGAGAGAUCCGGUUUGUCUCACUCCGAUUCUCCGAAUUAAAGGCCCGGUUCUUAGACCAAUUUCUAUUGAUUUAUUUGUCGAUAAAUUACUUGUUGCAACAGA